UUAACUUCAGUCUAAGUUAUUGAUAUUUCUUUUAGCAGACGUAGUAGCCGAUCACAGCAGUGCUUUUAAAACUUGCACUAUGGAGAAAGUUUAUAAGAAUCUUCUUUUUCUUUCCUGUAUCUUUCUGAACCCGGCUUUUACAGUGCAGAAUCAGAUGUGUGACAUAAAAAAAGAGAUAGAACGAGAGCGUGUCUUGUGUGCGGCUCAAAAUGAGGACAAGACAACAGGUUGUGCUGUCACGUGGGACAAGAUUACCUGCUGGCCCAGUGCUGAAGUUGGAGAAGUAGUCACCAUCCCUUGCCCGAAAUAUCUCUUCUACUUUUCAAAGGGCAUCCCAAUACGAAACCUGUCACAGACCUGCACUGAAGGUGGCUGGAGUCCAAUCAGCCUGGAGUCCUACAUAAUGGACUGUGAAUACAACCCCAACAGCACUACGGAUGACACUGAGGGCGAGUUCUAUGGUGCCAUCAAAGUGGGCUACACCAUUGGUCACAGUGUAUCUCUCAUAUCCCUGACAGUUGCCAUCAUAAUACUCUGUGUAUUUCGGAAGCUGCACUGCACGAGAAACUACAUCCACAUGCACCUGUUUGUGUCAUUUAUUCUCAAAGCCAUAUCUGUGUUUAUUAAGGACGUUGUUCUCUAUGAUGUUGGUGAGGCCGAAAACUGCCACGCCACUGUGGGCUGCAAAGCUGUAGUGGUCUUCUUUCACUAUGGUGUCAUGGCGAGUUACUUCUGGCUGUUGGUUGAAGGACUUUACCUCCACGCCCUUUUAGCUGUUUCUUUCUUCUCAGAGAGGAAGUACUUUUGGUGGUACAUCCUAAUUGGCUGGGGAGCACCAACUAUAUUCAUCUCCUCGUGGGUCAUUACAAAAGCCUGGCUAAAUGACCCGGGUUGUUGGGAAAUUAUUGAUGACAUCCCAUGGUGGAUCAUUAAAACACCUAUUUUAGUAACUAUACUUAUCAACUUUUUUCUUUUUAUCUGCAUAAUCCGGAUUCUGCGUCAGAAGAUGAAUUGCCCAGAUAUUGGAAGAAAAGAAUCCAAUCAAUAUACAAGACUGGCCAAAUCAACGCUACUGCUGAUACCACUGUUUGGAAUAAACUACAUUAUUUUUGCUUUUAUCCCGGACAACAUUCACCCACAAGUGAGGAUGGUAUUUGACCUUAUUCUGGGAUCAUUUCAGGGGUUUGUUGUAGCCGUGCUGUACUGCUUUCUCAAUGGAGAGGUGCAGUCGGAGAUUAAACGUAAGUGGCGCAGAUGGAUGUUGCAGCGUUUCCUGGGAGCGGACCUGAAGUACCAGCAGCCUUCACUCGGCAGCAACGGCAACAACUUCAGCACUCAGAUCAGUAUGUUGACCAAAUGCAGCCCCACUACUCGCCGCGCCUCAACUACCUGUCAGGAACACUUUUCUUCCAUAUAAAACGAACAUUGCAAGUUUGAAGCCUUCAUAUUGUUAUUUUCUCUAAAGAUGCUCACUUGGACUGUUGAAGCAAAGAUGGGGUCUGUUACUAAAUGUCUUUUAUGAUGUUUUUUUUUUCUUUGAAGUCUUAUCAAAGUGCCAGGAUUCCUACCAAAGUGAAAGUACAAUUUAUUCACCUGUCAGCAAUAACAAAAAUGUGCUAUGUGACUUAAGCAUUAUAGCAUCAUUACCAUCUCAACCAAGACUAUACCAUUUUAUGUGCAGUGAAGUACCACUUAAUAAGCACUUAGAGAUUGCAUGGCCAUAGCUACUUGUCAUAUCCUGAAAUGUGUUGUAAUUUACCUGACUAGACUUUUUUUAUUUUUAUUUAAUUAUUUGCUCCCUCACAAUGGUGAAAUCAUAUUGCUCAAAACUGGAUUCAGACUGACAGGGUAAAUGCGUAAGUACUGUAUAUAGCAAUAGUACUGCAAUUCUGCUAAACCCUUUAUUAGGCCCAUUACGGAACAUUUUUACAUUUUACAUUUUAACUAUGAUUUUCUAGACCUUUAACUUUGUCUCACGCUGAGUUUUCAUUCAAAUGAUAUUAAAAUUCACUUUCUAAAAUCGAAAAUCAUUCCAAGUACGCCCUGGUCCCUGUACCCUUGGUUGAAAAACUGCCAACAAACACUUUCUAAAACUUCACCUCCCUUCUGACCAGUAUCAUAUCUACAUCUACAUUUUUUUCCAUACAUGUCAUCAUGUUGUUGUAUUUUUACUUGUAAAUUCUAGCGACAGCAAAAAGGGACCACUUUGUCAAGCAAUAUCACGGUUACACACACUGGACUAGUUCUUACAAAACCAGCCCUCAGUCUUCAUUACAGCUAACACAUGAAUACUAUGGGAAGCAGAUCUUUAUGGUCACUGUGUUACAUCAAGUGAAUAAAAAAUUGGACCAGUCUAUCCAUCUGUUGUUAAGAUGAAUAGACCUAUAUCUAAUAAGAGCCAUGAUGUUUAUUAAAAGGCUUUUGUUCAAUGUAGGGCCAAGGCACUUAACCUAAUGGCCUAUGUUGCUGAGGGGACCAGUGUUAGCAUUAAUGAAAGUGUGAGUCUGUAAAAAGCGGCUGUCACAGUGAAUGCGCUCAUAUCAUAACCAGCUUCUGUCCCGCCCACGACACAUGUACACAUGCAGGGCAUAAAGAACAUAACAUUCCAGUGAAGGAGGGGGCAAGAAACUUCGCUUUUAAAAGGCAUACAGAUGCAUCUAAAACACUGAUGAACACAUGAAUCCUGUAGU